ACUCACUACUCAGGAAACAAAUACAAAUAUGCAAAGGAGAAGCUGUAGCCACAACUACCCGUGUCAUUUUUUUAUACCUCCCCUAGGGGUUACAUCUUCACACAGAUAAAGACAGACACACAGGCGAUACAGAGAGACAGAGACAGACACGAACACAGAGACAGACACGAACACACAGAGACAGAGACGGACACGAACACACAGAGACAGACACAAGCACAGAGACAGACACGAGGCAGAGGCGACGCUAUCACUAUAACCGGAGGCUUAACGUAAGAUACAAGUAACAGCACAAGAAGCAUCCGGCAUUGCUGUAGAUGUCUGAGGCCAUCCAUGCCAAGCCAGACAUGACCAAGAAAGUCAAUUUUGACAGAGGUGAGAUGGAGGAGAGGAUUGUGGACAUCUACGUCAGUGCAGACACCCUGAGGGACCACGAGACCAGCACCAAAACAGAAGAUGUAGAACACACUGCAACUAAUGGACCGGGAGACCAGCACACAGAGCCUAAUAGCACAGGGAAGAGACCCUUCUUAGUUGCUGCAGUGUGUCUGGGGCUGCUGUGUGUUCUCCUACUGGCUGGGAUCAUAGGCCAGUCUGUUCACUGCUGGAACAAGUUUGAAUCCUGUUGGUACUUCGUCUCUUCUGAGAGAAAAACCUGGAGUGAGAGCAGACAGGACUGUGUGGAGAAAGGAGCAGACCUGGUGAUCGUAAACAGCAGAGAGAAACAGCCUCAACAAGAGAUUCUGGAUCGGUUUGACUGACAGAGAGACUGAGAGGUCCUGGAAAUGGGUUGACGGCACACCACUGAUAACAAGUUACUGGAUAAUCGACCAGCCUAAUAAUGGACGAAGUCUUUCAAACUUUCCGGGGGAGGACUGUGUUGUACUAAAAAAUGGACAAGAUCAGCCUGAAAAGACAUGGAAUGCUAUAAAUUGUACACAAAAACGUAUCUGGAUUUGUGAGUGGUGUCACAAUAACCUCCUGUAACUCUCUCUCUCUCUCUCUCUCUCUCUCAACAUAUGAAUCAAAUUCCCAUUUACUUCCUGGGAUGCAUUAGUAGCUUCCUGUCUUCAGUAGUUAAAUGAUGGACACAUCAGACACAGACAAUGAUUGAGACACAACAACAGCUGCAUUAGAACAGACAGAAGGGACCAGUAUGAGGUUGUUAAGUCAGUACAGUCGACUCCUGAUAGUUGCACAUCAGAUAAGUGCGAGACCUGGGUUCAAAUACAACUUGAAAUCUUUCAAAAGCUUUGAGCGUUUGCUUUAGCCUACCUUCAGUGCCAGGUGGGUACUGGGGCUUUUCUGUUGCAACAGAAGUAUUUUAAAUCAUUUCAUAUAGAGAGGCAUUCUGGGAGUACUCCUUAGACACCUGGUUCAUUUAUUAGGUUUCGUCGUCUCCGAAUUCACAGAACGUAAAUUUUGACAUGGCCUAUUGAUUAACAAGACACACCGUUUAUCUUAUUAUUUUGUGCUAUAAUUUGCAGUUUACCUUGGAACAUAUUAUCAUUAGAAUUAUUUUACAUUGUUGCGUCUCAAUGGGCCGCAAGGAUAUAAAUAGGAUUUAUGUGCAAUGGUCAGGUCACUCUGAGGAAGAUGUCAGCUUUAUGUUGAAAUGUCAGUCACCUGUUCGCAUCCUGUACAAUGUAUUAAAGUGAGCAAUAAGAAAUCAA